GGGCGACAGGGAAUCCCAGAAAGGAGUCACACAAAUAUCGCGUUGCUGCUGCUUGCCCAGUCUUAUUGGGAGCGAAGAUGGACGACUGAAGAAGAAACGGUGUUUUAUCGAGAGGAAAGUUAUGUGUGCCGACCGAACGAGGAGCUCCUGGUUGAGUAAGCGGCUCUGGGCUCCGGUCCUCCCGUGGGACGUCAAGCAGGCGUUUGGCCCAGCUGGGCUUUCCAAGUGGCAGUUCUCGCGUGGAAAGAAGCUCGCGUUUCUCGCGGGCGCUGUUGUGACACAGCAGGACGAGUCAAGAUCAGGUUGGAGCUCCUAAAUAGGAGUCACAACUCCCUCCUGAACCGAAUCCAGACGGACAAACCUCUGGCGGGUUGUCAAGGAUGUACGGACAACAACUGUCAAGAGUGAGGUUCCGCUUGGCGGCUUGUUUUUAUUGACACGAAUUCGGAGCAGACACAAUGGGGCCGCUCGCUAUUUGUGUCACGACGUGCUCCUCCUCGACGUGACACCGGACCCCUCAGCUCAGGACUUUGCUGCUACUGUUGCGGUGCAGUUCGGCCGGAAGCUGAAGUCCCGUUCGGUCCGAACACGGAACGGAGCGAGCUCGUUAUUUUAUUGCCAUUGCACUUGAUGAAGACAUGGAUGACUCGGGCAUAAUACGACGCCGGAGGCUGCAGAAGGAUUUGCCGCUGCCUCGCAAGAGCAGCAGCUGUCGAACAAGUAACAGGAAAAGCCUCAUCUUGACCACCACCUCCCCCACUCUGCCUCGCCCACACUCCCCUCUGCCUCUCCCCGGACACCUCGGGAGCAGUCCACUGGACAGCCCGAGAAACUUCUCUCCGAGCACCCCCGCGCACUUCUCCUUUGCCUCCUCCAGAAGGGCUGACGGACGACGUUGGUCUUUAGCAUCUUUGCCCUCGUCUGGUUAUGGCACCAACACUCCCAGCUCAACAUCGUCCAGCUCCUCUCAUGAGCGGUUGCACCAGCUGCCGUUCCAGCCCACCAUGGAUGAGCUCCACUUCUUAUCCAAGCACUUUGGCAGCACGGAGAGCAUCACGGAUGACGAUGGCGGACGCUCCUCUCCGCAUAUGCGCCCGCGCUCCCGCAGUCUCAGCCCGGGACGCUCGUCUUCCUGCUACGAUAACGAGAUUGUCAUGAUGAACCACGUGUACAAGGAGCGCUUUCCAAAGGCUACUGCACAGAUGGAAGGGAGGCUUGCAGAGUUCAUCCACGCUUACGCUCCCGAAAAUGUUCUCCCGCUAGCCGACGGAGUUCUCAGCUUCAUCCACCACCAGAUCGCUGAGCUCUCAAGGGACUGCCUGACGAAAUCCUGCGAGGGACUCAUCACAUCCGUCUACUUUUUCGAGCUGCAGGAAAACCUGGAGAAGCUACUCCAUGAUGCCUUUGAACGUUCAGAGAGCUCAGAGGUGGCCUUUGUCACGGAGUUGGUGAAAAAGCUUCUCAUCAUCAUAUCCCGACCAGCUCGGCUCUUGGAGUGUCUGGAAUUCAACCCGGAGGAGUUUUACCAUCUGCUGGAGGCUGCGGAAGAUGUCGCCAAGGAAGGUCACCUGGUGAAAACCGACAUCCCUCGUUACAUUGUCAGCCAGCUGGGACUCACCAGAGACCCGAUUGAAGAGAUGGUAAACCUUGAUAGUUAUGACAGCGAAGGACCUCUAACACCUGAAACCGAUGACUCGGCAGAGGGGAAGAUUAAAGCAAUGAAACCACCAGGUGAAGCAGACUUCCAGACCAUCAAGCUCAUUAGCCACGGAGCAUAUGGUGCCGUGUAUCUGGUCCGACACCUGGAGACGCGUCAGCGUUUUGCCAUGAAGAAAAUUAACAAGCAAAACCUGAUCCUGAGGAAUCAGAUCCAACAGGCUUUUGUCGAGAGAGACAUCCUCACAUUUGCCGAGAACCCUUUUGUGGUCUCCAUGUUCUGUUCCUUUGAGACCCGUCGGCACCUGUGCAUGGUCAUGGAGUAUGUCGAAGGAGGAGACUGUGCCACUCUGCUGAAGAACAUUGGAGCUCUGCCAGUGGAAAUGGCUCGGAUGUACUUUGCUGAAACUGUCCUUGCGCUCGAAUACUUACACAACUAUGGCAUUGUCCACCGUGACCUCAAGCCGGACAACCUUCUCAUAACGUCAAUGGGCCACAUCAAGCUUACGGACUUUGGCCUGUCUAAAAUGGGUCUGAUGAGUCUGACGACCAACCUGUAUGAAGGACACAUCGAAAAGGACACUCGUGAGUUCUUGGAUAAGCAGGUGUGUGGAACCCCGGAGUAUAUUGCACCCGAGGUCAUUCUUCGUCAAGGUUACGGAAAGCCAGUGGACUGGUGGGCUAUGGGUGUCAUCUUGUACGAGUUCUUGGUCGGGUGCGUGCCUUUUUUUGGAGACACUCCGGAGGAGCUAUUUGGGCAGGUUAUAACAGAUGACAUUGUCUGGCCUGAAGGAGAUGAGGCGCUCCCUCUUGACGCCCAACAUCUCAUCGCCUCUCUUUUACAGACGAAUCCACUUGUGCGACUCGGAACAGGGGGUGCUUUUGAAGUGAAGCAGCACGCCUUCUUCACAGAGGUGAACUGGAACAGCUUGCUGAGACAAAAGGCCGAGUUCAUCCCUCACCUGGAGUCGGAGGAGGACACCAGUUAUUUUGACACACGGUCUGAGCGCUACCAUCAUGUGCAUUCCUAUGAUGAGGAUGAUACCAAUGAUGAUGAGCCUGUGGAGUUACAUCGCUUUUCUUCGUGCUCACCCCGCUUUAGUAAGGUGUACAGCAGUAUGGAGCAUUUGUCCCAGCUGGAGCAUAAAGCCCCAAGUGUAACUUUACGGGAGCACAAAGUUCCAAGAGAAGAUCGAAUGGCCAAGAGAGAAAGCCUGGGUAGUUUUGCACUGCGGGACAAGAACUGGAGGACUGGAUCACCUGAGAUGAAGCGUUUGUCCUGCUCAGAGUCAUCCUUCACUGAGAGUGACUACAGUCCUCCAUCUGGGGCCCGAAGGCGCUUCUCUGCGCUCAUGGACACGCACCGCUUGGCUUCACCUCUUGAGGUCGAUUCUGAACAGUCUCUUUCUCGGGGCCAGCUUCCAGUGAAGACCAGGGGUACCUCUUUGGAAGGAGCCAUGGGUGCCAUCUCCUCGCAAGGGGAUCUGAGGACAUUCCUCAAGGAAAGCAAUGGAUUCGCACCCGCAGGUCAGAAAAGCCCAUCUCAGUUAAAGUAUGGCCCGAAAUGUUUCUUUGACACUCUCACGUUUUGUUUACCAGCCGGCGCUGCCGUUCUGGGGCUUCCAGAGCCCCAAGGGCCUCGAGGGGCCACCACGGACUUGGUGCUGCGGAGAGUUCGGCACCAGCAGCUAUCAGCUGAGGGAGAGAAACGCAACUCUCGACCAGGACAUAAAGUGAUCAAAUCUGCUUCUGCCACAGCUUUGUCUGUUAUCAUUCCCGCAGUGGAGCAACACGGUGCCUCCCCCCUAGCGAGCCCAAUGUCUCCUCGCUCCCUCUCGUCCAACCCCUCCUCUCGAGACUCCUCACCCAGUCGAGAUUACUGCCCCGUCGUAAAUGUCCUGCAUUCCCCAAUCACCAUCCACCGCUCUGGGAAGAAGUAUGGCUUCACUCUCCGAGCAAUACGAGUCUACAUCGGAGACAGUGACGUCUACAGCGUACACCAUAUGGUCUGGCAUGUGGAGGACGGAGGCCCCGCCCAAGAGGCCGGACUUAGUGCCGGUGAUCUCAUCACUCAUGUAAAUGGGGAGUCAGUUCACGGUCUGGUCCAUACGGAGGUGGUGGAGCUCAUCCUGAAGAGUGGAAACAAGGUGACCGUUACGACGACUCCCUUUGAGAACACCUCCAUAAAAGUGGGACCCGCACGCAAGACCAGCUAUAAAUGCAAAAUGGCACGACGCAGCAAGAGACCAGGAGCCAAAGAGGGUCAAGAUAAGAAGCGCAGCUCCCUGUUCCGAAAAAUCACCAAGCAGUCCAAUUUGCUGCACACCAGUCGAAGCCUCUCCUCUUUGAAUCGCUCUCUCUCAUCUGGAGACAGUCUACCCGCAUCUCCCACCCACAGCUUCUGUGCCCGCUCACCCACUCAGAGUUAUCGAUCCACCACUCUGGAAUCUCCAUACAUGGGCACUUCCUCGCAGAGCAGCUCCCCAGCAUCAAGCACCCCAAACUCCCCAGCCACGUCACACCACAUGAGGCCCAGCUCUCUACAUGGCUUGUCGCCCAAACUUCACCGCCAGUACCGCUCCGCUCGCUGCAAAUCUGCCGGCAACAUUCCCUUAUCCCCUUUAGCCCACACCCCCUCCCCCACCACGUCUUCUCCUCCGCCCCUGAGCGGCCACACGGUAGGCAGCUCCAACACAACGCAGAUGUUCCCCGUCAAGCUUCACUCCUCGCCGCCCGUCGCCCGUCCUCGUCCCAAGAGUGCCGAGCCACCCAGAUCCCCGCUUCUGCAGCGAGUGCAAUCGGCAGAGAAGCUUGGGGCGCCCGUUCCGCCUUCCUCCUCCUCAUCGUCAUCGUCGCCUUCUCCUCUGAUGGGAGGCGUGUGCCUACGCAAGCACAGUCUGGAGGUGACACACGGGGACUACAGAAGAGAAUCCUUCCACUGUGAACACAGCCUACAGAGUCUGCUUGAAAUGGAAGGAGAGAAUGGACCUGCUCCGCCUUCUCCCUCAUCCUCUUCAUCCCCUUCUCCACCUCUCGGAGGGGAAAGCAGUAGUUUGAAGCCUGUUAGAAGGCUGGGCAGGCAGGAAUCGCCACUCAGCCGUGACACAAUGGUAACGGUAACAGAGAAAGAUACUCAAAUCACGGCCUGUGAUCUUAUAGGGUCCAAUACUGAGCCCAAAACAACAAAAAAUGAAUCCACCGUUGACCCAAACACAACAUUAUCCAUCUCUGGGGCUCAACAGGGUUCAGCUGUAAUCGAGACCAUCUCUUCCAAAGUGGUAGCAGCAGCGGCCCGGUCCCCCAUCGAGACCAAGCCGAAACAGGGGCUCAAACCUCAAAACGCAAACGCUGUGACUUCUGAGGGUACCGUCUCUCAGAGCAGACCUUGUGAGAAAGUCUCCACUCCAGGGUCAACUAAGUGCCUCCAACCGCAAGAGAGAAAGCCGAAAGAUUCUCACGCAGAAACAGUCUCUUCCAGUAAAACUUUAGGGAACGCCGAAGACAAAACCAAAUACGUCGCGGGGGCAGACAAAGGUUGCUGUCGCAAAGGAUCAACGACAGAGUCAUCCAAACCUCGUAAGACCACGGAGUCCGUUGAAAAAGAAGGCGGUCGUGGUGAUAAAAAAACGGAGAUGACCAGGAUUAAAGGUCCUGCGCCUCCACUUCCGGCCCCGGCGCAGGUCCACGGGGCAACAAAUGUACCAGUAGCCGUCAGCGCCAAAGUGGAAAGAGCAUCAAAGAGCUAUCGGGGAGCGAAGGAGGAUAAGGCGCACCUGGAGGUGUUGGAAGAAAACGCCAUCUCCCCUUCUUCUAAUGCAUCCUCAUCUUGUUCCGGCAAGCCGCGCACCAUGUCUCCCGGCGAUCGAGGCAGCUUUGUCACGCAACUCACAAGCGUCGCCAAAACGGUACUUGGGCCUAUGAAAGGGGGGUUACAAGACUGUUCCAAGGUCAAAGACGCCUAUAAGUCAAGCGAGGAAAAGCGAGGCAGUUCAGCGGGAAAAGCGGAGGCUUCGAAUGCGGCCGGACGCCGUGGCGCUCAAACAACACCCGCUGGUGGUGCUCUCCAGAUGGAUAAAGGAAACAAUCGUGGCUCAAAGCAUCAUUCGUGAUCAAGAAGCAGAAGAAGCCAAGCCUCCAAUGCAUUGCCUUUUACUGUAGAAGCAUCCAAACAUAUCAUCUAAAUUAACACCUUUUUAAUCAAACAUAAUUGCCUGAAGAGAAGUAAACUGCAAUUGAGACAUUGAGCAUAAUGAGAGAAAAAAAAAGUUGCAUCAUUUACUGUUAGAAAAUGUGUGCGCACUGUUGUGUAUUAUAGGCCUGUGGAUGUCUUUGUCACAAUGUGCUGUAGAUAUAUUUAAAAAAAAACGUUGCAUGUUGGACAUGGAAACAUGAGAAAUUCAAAAAGCAGAUGGAAAUUAAAACAAACAAACAAAAAAAACCAUACUGAAGACCAUGAGGUAGUUAACACUGUGAACAACUUUACAUCCACCUGAACGUGCAAAUCACAUUCCAUUUCAAUUUGUUUGGAUUAGUUGACUUAGCAGAAUGUUUAAAAUACAAUCACUUAUCAUAAAAAUAACAGAAAAAAAAUAAGACUAGCCGACUAGAGCCUGGACCAAACUACCAAACUACUGUUCUUGCUUUCAAAGAAGCUGGCUGGUGGUCUGAUCGGUUAAAGGGCUGAAAUUCCAGUGGGAUAAAGUAUCAGAUGAGGUUGCAUAGGGACACUAUGCAAUGUGCUAAUAAUGCCACUUCAGGUGUCCAGAAUUACCGGUACUAAGUUUACAUUGUGUCGUCGAUGAGUCCAGGUGAUAAAAGAAGUCGUUGCAAUAAGCCAAGCCAACUUGAUUUCACUUUCAAAGUUGUCCCUUUUGAUGUGUGCAAUCGCUAUUGUGUGUGAAUUCAUUGUAUGUUAAUGGUGUUAUUUAGGACUAAAUGGUCAUAAACUACCACUUACAUGUUGAUUGAAUACGCAUACGU